GCACCGCAGAAGCUGCUAAUUGAUUAAGUUUCAGUUAGUUGGGAAGUCAAAGAAUGCUCAUGUCGGUUGCUGCUGCUGGAAUUAUUAUCUUCUUUUGCUGCUUCAAUGCCGUCUGCUAUGCUCAGAAAUCGCCAGCGUAUGGCUUCGUAAAGCAAGCGGCAGAUUCUCCACGGGCGUCGUACCACGACUACAUCAUCGUCGGCGGCGGGACAGCUGGCUGCCCCUUGGCCGCUACCCUCUCGAAGAGGUUCGACGUGCUAGUGCUGGAAAGAGGCGGAUCGCCUUACGGGAAUGCCAACAUUUCCAACCUCGCCUCUUUCAUCGAGAACCUCGCCUACCUCACCCCGACGUCACCCGCACAGCGCUUCGUCUCCGAGGACGGCGUCAUCAAUACACGAGCUCGUUGCCUCGGCGGCGGCACCUGCAUCAACGCCGGGUUCUACUCUCGCGCCAGCCGCCGAGAGUUGAUGGAUAUGCGAUUGAACCCGAAGCUGGCCCACCAGUCGUUCCAGUGGGUGGAGCGAGAGUUGGUUUUCUGGCCCCAGCUGACGGAGUGGACUUCGGCCUUCAGGGCAGGGCUUCUGGAGGCCGGAGUCACCGCUGAUAACGGAUUCACCUACCAGCACUUGGACGGCACAAAGGUCGGGGGAACCACGUUCGACCCAACCGGCCAUCGCCACACCGCCGCCGAUCUGCUCAGGUACGCUGUGUAAGAUGAAGAAUAGGGAGAGAGGAAGAAAUAAGAUGAGAAUAAUAAAAUCUAUUGUUCAUUGAUAUUUGCCCUAAG